AUGUACUUACUAGUGUAUGUUGAUGAGAUUAUCAUCACUGGCAGCAACUCUGCUCUGCUUAAUACCAUUAUUCACAAGAUGAAUUCUGCCUUCUCUCUCAAACACCUUGGUGACUUAGAUUACUUCCUUGGCAUUGAAGUCAAGAAAAUUGCUCAGGUAUUUGUGCUGCUUACACAAACUAAGUACAUUAGGAACUUACUGAAUAAGACUCACAUGGAUGAAUCUAGUCCUAUUAAUUCCCCUAUGAAGUCAUCUUGCAAGCUCACCAAACAUGGCUCCCCUACCAUAGUUGUUCCCUUUAUGUACAGAUCAGUAGUAGGAGCUCUUCAGUAUGUCACCAUAACUAGACCUGAAAUUGCUUACUCAGUCAACAAAGUCUGCUAG